AUGUGGGGAACAAGCGCGCGAGCGGCGGGUCCCGGCGGCACUCACCGAGCCUGGGCGCCGGGGCGGCGGCGGCCGGUGCGCGGCCCUCUCGCGGGGUCCCCUCCCUUGGCCACCCGGGCUCCGCUCCAGCCUCGCAGGGGCGGCGGCACUGACAGCUGCGUGGCCGCCCUGGAGGGGAGGGGGCGCCUGCGACCCAGGACUGGCGGACGCACCCGCCGCUACGGCUCCUGCAGGGGGCGCGGCGGCUCGCGCGUGCGCACUCGGUCGCCCCUGCAGGUGCCCAGUCCACCCCGGGCCGCCUCGGCCGCUCCGGCCAGCCCAACCCCGCGCCUGCGCAGUGCCUUGUGCAUGUCGUCCUUGCCCGGCAGAGGGCGCGCCGACUUGCGCGUGCGUAGUCGGCCACCUUGCGGGUACGCGGCCCGCACCUGGCCACUUGGCAGUCCGCGCCUGCGCACUGCCCUGCGCCAGCGCCUAUGUCCGGCAGGGGGCGCGCGGCGGCGGUACCGAGCGAGCGGGGCGGCGGCCUCUCCGGGGAACGACUGCGCUCGUGCGUUUCCGAAGAGUGAGAAGCUUUCACACCGGGAAAUUGGACUCUGGCGGUUCUUCCAUUUCCCGUUACGCACUGUCUUACCGUGGGCUCUCGUCACUCGUGGCACCGAGGGAAGCGCUUCUUCGCCUCUGGCCAGGCGCUGGGGCGCGACAGAAGGCGAGGCGGUGGUGAGGAACCUUCUGGAAUUCAGCCGUCGGGACCAGCGUCCAGUUUACAGGAGAAGGCGGCGUGUCCCGGAUGAGCGGAGUCGCCCUCGGUUAAGGGGCGAGGGGGGCCUCGCGGGUCCUUAGCCGGUGGAGUCACAGAGGUCUACCUUCAGCUGUUGAAAAUGAAAUCCAAAAAUUCUCCAUUAAUGCAAGAAAAGCAGAAAAAGGGGGCCGAUAUUCAACAUCCUUAAAGAACAGAACCUUCGGCCCAGAAUUUCAUAUCCAGCCAAACUAAGCUUCACAACUGAAGGAAAAAUAAAAUCUUUUAUGAACAAGCAAGAA